GUCUUUCCCGCUGAACAAAAACGUUUCUCUCACAGACUCACAGACGCUUGAGUCCUGAGCCUUCUGUACCAGAGAAGCAUGGAUUUCAUGGAACUCUUUUUCAUUUCUCUUGGUACUGGAGUUGUGGUGUACUAUGGAGUGAGGCUACUGCUUUUCAGUAGGAUGCUUUUUCCAAAACUGUGGUUUCCACUGCCAAAAACUUUCUUCACCUCAAUGGGAGAGUGGGCAGUGGUGACUGGUUCUUCAGAAGGAAUAGGAAGAGCAUUUGCAUUUGCACUAGCUCAGCGGGGAAUGAACAUUGUAGUCAUGAGCAGAACCAAAGCAAAACUGGAUCAAGUGGCUAAAGAGAUAGGAGAAGCCACGGGGCAGAGGGUGAAAGUGAUAGUAACAGAUUUUACCAAAGAAAAUAUCUUUAGUGAAAUUGAAGAGCAACUGAAGGACCUCAACAUAGGAGUUUUAGUCAACAAUGUAGGAAUGCUGCCUUGCUUCAUUCCCUGCAGAUUCCUUGAGUAUGAUGAGCUGGACAAGACAAUUACCAAAGUGAUAAACUGCAAUGUGAAGACGAUGGCCAAGAUGUGCAAAAUUAUUCUCCCAGGCAUGGCGAACAGAGGGAAAGGGAUGAUAUUGAAUGUUUCUUCUGGAAUUGCUUCUAUCCCAUUUCCCCUGUACACCCUGUAUGCUGCAUCAAAGGUGUUUGUGGAAAGAUUUUCUCAAGGUUUACAAGCUGAAUACAAAGAUAAGGGGAUUAUUAUCCAGUCAGUGGCUCCAUUUGGGGUAUCCACUCGAUUGGCUGGGUUCCAAAAAACUAACAUGAUAACUUUUUCACCAGAAGACUUUGUAAAAUAUUCACUGCAGUACGUCAGUGCUGGAGACAAAACAAAUGGAAGCAUCUGUCAUACAGUUCUGGGCUGGUUGCUGCAGACUAUUCCACUUAAGAUUCUCUAUGCAGAACCUAUGAUGCAAGGCUCACAAGACUAUGUCAAGCGAAAACUAAUGCAGGCUGGAAAGGUCUAAAUCAAAAUCAACGCCAGAAAUAAACAUGAAGAAGUUUGUAUGAAAUAUUUCUAGCCAUAAAGAAAUGUAUUGUGUAUUUUUAUGCAGCAUUAUCAUGUAACUAAUGGAUGUAAUUUGUAAAAGUAUCAUUAUUUACUGUGUUUAUUGUGUGCAUAUUGUGUAUAUUGUAUGCGGUGACAGCGUUUUAGUAAUUUUGCCUCUGUACAACACCACAGUGGGUUUUAAAUCAGUGAGUGAAGAUGGGAUUGAAGCGUAGACUUUUGGCUUUAAUUCAAGGGGUUUAACAAACUGUUUAGGAAUUAAUAAUAAUAAUAAUAAUGGAU